GUCAUAGCCCAGAUACGGACAGUCGGCGUAGCGCGCGACACGGCAACAGCUGACCGCGCAGACCACCCAGCGGCCGCGGCGUCACGAAGACAGCAGCCGCGCCAUGGUCGACUACAACGGCUCCUACACGCUGGUGUCGUCCGACAACUUCGACGAGUUCCUCAAGGCCAUGGGCGCCAGCGCGGUGAUGCGAACGGCGGCGCAGGUGGGCAAGCCGACCAUCCACGUGUCGGUCAGCGGCGACCACUGGAAGCUGCGCCAGACCACCAAGCUGAGCUCCACCAGCAUGGAGUUUGACGUGGGCGUGCCGCGCCACCUCAGCGCGCCCGGCGGCGCGUCCGUGACCAGCGUCAUCACCAAGGAGCGCGACCGGCUGAUCGAAAAGCGCACCGGUGCCGACAAGAACCCGGAGACGGUGCGCGAGUUCACCAGCUCCCAGCUCAAGGUCACGCUCAAAGUGGACGAUGUCGUGUGCGUGCGGGUGUUCCAGAAACAGUGACCGGUGUCCGGCUGCAUGGAUCCGCGCCCCGGCUGAGAAUGAAACCAGGCACAUCUUGCCAAAGACUUGCACUGUGUCUUAAAUCAGAAGUUGAUGAUGACGGUGACACGCAACCAAACGCAUUCAGAUGUCUGCGCUGGUGGCCUGUUUCAGUCAGUUGGUACUAACAAAUCCAAAUCGAAUCGCUGAACCGAUUUUCUCCAAGCGCACCCCAUGCAGACUGUGCUAUGUGUUGAAACAUGGCA